GGAAACGAGCCAUCAACAAAAGAGAAGGCUCCAGGUCCCAGGAGGCGGUAUCACAACCAGCCGCCUUUCUCUUCUCUUCUCUUCUCUUCCAACACCGCGGCACGACCGCGCGAGGGCCGGGGUUUUCUGGGAGGUGGUGCAGCGAGCGAGCGCGGGGAGGAGAAUGAUGACGGCAAUGGUGAAGGCCGAGUCGACGACGGCGGCGGCGGCGGCGGAGGGGAGCAGCGGGCGGAGGGACGCGGAGGCGGAGCUCAACCUGCCGCCGGGCUUCCGCUUCCACCCCACGGACGACGAGCUCGUCGUGCACUACCUCUGCAGGAAGGUGGCCGGCCAGCCGCAGCCCGUGCCCAUCAUCGCCGAGGUCGAUCUCUACAAGUUCAACCCCUGGGAUCUGCCCGAGAGGGCGCUGUUCGGGAGCAGGGAGUGGUACUUCUUCACGCCGCGCGACCGCAAGUACCCCAACGGCUCGCGCCCCAACCGCUCCGCCGGCACCGGCUACUGGAAGGCCACGGGCGCCGACAAGCCCGUGGCGCCCAAGGAGAGCGGCGGCCGGACGGUCGGCAUCAAGAAGGCGCUCGUCUUCUACUCCGGCAGGGCGCCCAGGGGCGUCAAGACCGACUGGAUCAUGCACGAGUACCGCAUCGCCGAAGCCGACCGCGCGCCCGGCAAGAAGGGGUCCCUCAAGUUGGACGAAUGGGUGCUGUGCCGGCUGUACAACAAGAAGAACAACUGGGAGAAGCUCAAGGUGGAGCAGGACAUGGCUGUGGAGGCCGGGCCGAACGGGGAGGUCAUGGACGCGUUGGCGACCGACGCCAUGUCUGACAGCUUCCAGACGCACGACUCCUCGGAGAUCGACAGCGCCUCCGGCCUGCAGCAGCACGGCUUCAUGGACAUGGCGCAGGGGCAGCCGAGGGGCGGCAUGGUGACGGUGAAGGAGGACAGCGACUGGUUCACCGGCCUGAGUAUGGACGACCUGCAGACUUGUUAUAUGAACAUGGGGCAGAUGGUGAACCCGGCGACGAUGCCUGGGCAGAACGGCAGCGGCUACCUGCAGCCGAUGAGCUCGCCGCAGAUGAUGAGGCCGAUGUGGCAAACAAUCUUGCCACCAUUCUGAGAUGGAACAAGAAAGAUCUGGUGUAAAUUAUUGGAAAUAGAAGUGAUUAGACAAAUACUUACUUUGUUGAACUAGAAAGAGGUAGAAAUUUCCCAGGCAUGAUUCUGAAGAUGUGGUGGUAGGCUUGUAGCAGUAUUUAUUCUUUGGUUUCGAUCUGUAAAUUUGGUAUUCUGAACAAACAUGUGGUUUUAUUCUCAUAAUAAUAUCAAGCCUAAACACCAAA